CCUCCCUUCCCCUCGGUGUAUGGAUACAGAGUGUCAGAAGUACAGAGUAACUGAAAGAGCUCGGGUGUUGCUACAUUGUCACUUAUCAGGAGGAGAGAAACGAAGGGGAAAAUGGCGAAAACGUACGAUUAUCUUUUUAAACUCUUGCUCAUAGGAGACAGCGGGGUCGGUAAGACUUGUCUGCUUUUCAGGUUUAGCGAAGAUGCGUUCAACACCACCUUCAUUUCCACUAUAGGAAUCGACUUUAAAAUCCGGACAAUAGAAUUAGAUGGGAAGAAAAUAAAGCUUCAGAUAUGGGAUACAGCUGGACAGGAACGGUUCAGAACAAUCACAACAGCAUACUACAGAGGAGCCAUGGGCAUCAUGCUGGUAUAUGACAUCACAAAUGAGAAAUCUUUUGAGAACAUAAAAAACUGGAUCCGGAACAUUGAAGAGCACGCUUCCUCUGAUGUGGAGAGGAUGAUUCUGGGCAACAAGUGUGACAUGAAUGACAAAAGACAGGUGUCCAAAGAGAGGGGUGAAAAGCUGGCAAUAGACUAUGGGAUAAAAUUUUUGGAAACUAGUGCAAAAUCCAGCAUAAAUGUGGAAGAGGCCUUUUUCACGCUUGCUAGAGACAUCAUGACUAGACUGAACAGAAAAAUGAAUGACAAUACUGCACCAGGAGGAGGUGGCCCUGUCAAAAUCACAGAGAACCGGUCAAAGAAGAGCAGCUUCUUUCGAUGUACGUUGCUCUAAUGGACUCCUCAUGAUAGACUAGUUCAACCUUUUCUGCUUUUCUGAAAGCACAAUAUCGCUCGGCCUACGAAUGAAAUUCUACUGGCUGCUGCUGAGAGCUGCGUAUUUCUGUAGGCCACGCCGUCUCAUGAUCAGAUGUAAAAACAAAAAGGGGGGGAAACAGGUUCAGAAUCGCAGUGAACAGUGUGACUCUGUAGAUGUAGCCACCCACACCAUGGAUACCUACAGUACGAUGUGGAGACUCAUGCUUGGAAAGUGUUGUUUUUCAUUGUUUUAGCGUAACCAAGGCACGUGUUGUGUUGGCUAAGGCUGAGUUAUUUACUGUCUAUGCUUUCAGAAAAAUACCUUGUCAUUUUGUUGGUAUGCUUGUGAGCUGUGUUAUGUGUAUUUGUAUGUUUUUGUCUGCAUUUUAAUUUCUAGGAAAGAAUACUGCUGAUAGCUCCUAUUUAUGCCGCCACAUCAGAUAUUCACAGAAAACUGAUCUGAUUGUACAGUAUGUCUGCAUCAGGGCAUUCUGUCUUCAGUAUUGUUGUUUUACCAAAGACGCAAACACAAGGUAGAAUUAGAGGAACUUCCCAAUUUUAAAACAUUAUGUUCUUUAUUUGUUUAGUAUAGCCCUAUUAAAAAAAAAAAGGGCAGAGUGGUGGCUCUG